GUCAUUAUCUUAUACUAAAACAAAGCAGAGAGAAGAAGAAGAAAAAGGUAGUCCAGGGGAGAAGAACCUUGUGAUUGUGGUGGAAGACUAUGCCACACGAAAAAUUCAAAUCUUCUCAAUUCAGCAACUUGCUUCUCACAGUUUUGUCAGCCCACCCCUCUCUUAAUAUAAAAAAACGUGUCCUCUUUUGUAACCAAAUCAGAAAAAUCCCUAAAUUCACUGAACCCUCCUGCCCUCCUCCCCAUAUCUUCUGAUUCUCCUCUGAUCUGAUCCUCUCCUCCAUCUCUUCCUUUAUUAAUAUCCCCCCCCCCCCCCCCNCAAAGUUUGUUUUCAUUAUUUAUUCUCUAUUCUUUCAUAAGCUACUAGUCUACUACUACUUGUCUUCCUCAUUUGCCUACUUAACUAGUACUUCUCUACACAGAUUCAACAUCAAAACCAAACUUUGUUUUGAUUGGAUAAAAACUAAACAGCUUAAACCAAAAAACAAAAAAAAACAGAGUUUAUUCGAUUUUGUGUCUUUGUAUCAAAACAAUGACAAUUUCUCUGCUGAAGUUCAGAUCAAGCUGCAUUGGUCAACCAGACAACAACAAAAAGAUCAGAUCUUUGUAAAUCAGAGUCCAACCCAAAAGCCUCGUUAGAUAGAUGAUUCGAGAUAUCUCAAACUUGCAGAACGACAUCAGAAACAUGAAAGAACGUUGUUCAAACAAUCUAGCGAUGGACGUAGGAAGAAACAACAACCGGCGCCAAAACGUGACCUUUCGAAGUUCGCCGGCGGAGAAAAGCAAGCAAGAGUUACGACGGAGCUUCUCGUCGCAGAAAAGGUUGAUGAUCCUCCCGGCGAGUUACUUCAGCUUAGAGUCUCUGUUUCUGUUGGUGUGUCUCACAGCGUCUCUGUUGAUCCUUCCGUUAGUUUUGCCUCCGUUACCUCCCCCUCCGUUUAUGCUGCUUUUGGUUCCCAUUGGGAUUAUGGUUUUGCUCGUGGUUCUUGCCUUCAUGCCUUCUUCUCAUUCUAAUGCUAAUCCUAAUACUCAUAGAGGAGAUGUAACUUGCCAUUUUAUGUAAAUUCAUCUUAUUUAUAUUAUAUACUUUUAAUUAAUCUAUUUAGGGUUCUUAAUUAAACCAUAAUCAUAGCUUUCCCCUCUCCUCUCUCUUGUACUUAACUGAUUCAGAAUUAUAUUACAAGUAAACAGCGAAUUAAGGAC